AUGGCGGCAGCAGACGUGGCUCCCCAGUUUGGAGCGCAACUAAAGGACUCGUUCAAACCAGUGAAUGCUUGGGUUUCUAAUGGCAUAACAUGGCUGGACGAAAUCCAACAAUUCUACCGCGAACGCAGCGCUAUCGAAAAAGAAUAUGCAGCCCGACUUUCAGCUCUAUGCAAAAAAUACCAGGAUCGCAAAGCAAAGAAGAUCAGCCCGUUGAGUGUCGGUGACACUCCGACUAUGACUCCGGGUUCCCUCGAAUGUGCAUCCCUUACAACAUGGUCCACUCAAUUGAGCACGGUCGAGGCGCAUGCGGCGGAGCGCGACAAAUUUGGAAAUGAGUUGAUCACUCAGAUCGCCGACCCGUUGAAGCAAGGGGCCGUGCAGUAUGAGGAAAUUCGCAAAUGCCAUGCGGAUUACCAUAGUAAGCUUGAAAAAGAGCGAGAUGCCUCAUAUGGGGAACUGAAAAAGGCCAAGGGAAAAUAUGAUGGCGCUUGUCAGGAGGUUGAGUCGCGGCGCAAGAAGAUGGACUCCUCAUUCGAUCAUUCCAAGGCUAAGGCGCAGAGCGCAUUCCAGCAACAAUUAGCGGAGAUGAACAACUACAAGAACCUGUACCUACUCAGCAUCAAUGUCACGAACAAGUUGAAGGAGAAGUUCUUCCACGAAUAUGUGCCUGAGGUUAUUGAUGGCCUGCAAGACCUCAACGAGACCCGAGUGAUAAGGUUGAAUGCUCUUUGGACGCUCGCCACACAACUGGAACAAGCAUCCCUUACAAACAGUGUCAAUAAUACUGCCAAUCUUCUCAACGAGAUCCCCCGCAAUGACCCCCGACUGGACUCAAUGAUGUUCCUUCAGCACAACGCCAUUCAGACCCAAGAACCUGCCAAUAUGGGCUUUGAGCCGAGUCCCAUUUGGUCCGAUGAUGCGUCUAUCAUCACUGACGACGCCGCUAAAGUGUUCCUGCGCAACCUGCUGGGCCAAAGCAAAGCGCAAGUACGUGAGUUACGUGUGGAGUCGGAUCGAAAGAGACGCGAGGUUGAGGGCUGUAAAAAGAUCCGGGAUAGUAUUCGGCAAGGCAAAGACAAGCGUAAUGAGCUUGAUAUUGUUCGGAACAUAUUUCAGUGGCAGGAAAGCCUGCAUGAGGUGGACCGCAAGUGGCUGACGGCCGAGGUUGAAACAUCCACCAUUAUCGCUGUGGUAGGAGACUUGUCUGUAGGAGCACAGAACCAUAACUUCCGAUCGCAAACAUUCAAAAUCCCUACAAACUGUGAUUACUGUGGUGAUCGCAUCUGGGGUUUAUCUGCCAAGGGCUUCGACUGUCAGGACUGUGGCUACACAUGCCACAGCAAGUGCCAAAUGAAGGUGCCGGCCGAGUGCCCCGGCGAACAAUCGAAGGAGGAAAAGAAGAAGCUCAAAGCCGCUCGACAAGAACAAGCAGGUUCAGGGCCUACUAUCGAUCUUGAAUCCUCCGCGGCCUCGACAACAGCGCCAUCCCUUACUCGCCAGAAUACUAUGAACUCCCUUAGUUCCGGGUAUGCAGCCAGUGGAGCCCGUUCGCUGUCUAAUGUGGCCACCCAACCCACCCCCGAAGACCCGGCCGAUGAAACUCCCUCGCCUGUUGCUGAGACCAAGCCAAACGCCGGAAGGAAGCACCGGAUUAUGGCACCGCCUCCCAUGGCAUAUGCCACCGCACCAUCCCCUGAACCUACAACCAAACCAAGAGGCAAGAUGCUAUAUUCUUACGAAGCCACUGGUCCCGACGAGGUGACUGUACAGGAUGGAGAUAAUGUGACAAUUGUUGAAGCUGAUGAUGGAUCUGGCUGGCUCCGUGUCAGCGUAGGCGGUCAAGAUGGUCUUGUCCCAGCGUCAUACGUCGAUGCGGCACCAACGCCUUCACCAGCCCCAUCGGCUAGCCCCGGGCUGCCCGAACGACCGGGGUCUGUCUACUCGAACUCCUCUGCCUCCUUGGCAGCUCCCAAACGGGUGGGUCCGGCGGUGGCGCCACGCAGGGGUGCCAAGAAACUCCAAUAUGUGGAGGCGCUGUACGACUAUGAAGCUCGCAGCGAUAUGGAGUGGAACAUGACCGAGGGUGAUAGAUUUGUCCUGGUUAAUCGCGACGGCGGUGAUGGAUGGGCGGAUGUGGAGCGCGGUGGAGUCACAAAGAGUGUACCAGCGAACUAUAUCCAGGAGGUGUAG